GGUGUAAGAGAGUACUCUUGCCAUCACAACAACAAAAGAAUUUUGGCGAAAAUACAAAGACAUGUCUUCACUUUUUCCCUAUCCUCCUUGUGAAUCUGGAAAAUGCGACAAGAUGACGUGGCCUAACACAGUCGGUAUGGACGGAAACCAAGCCAAGAACAUCAUCGAGAAAGACAACCAAAAUGUGACUGGCGUGAUAGUUCCCAAAAGGAAUAAAGUAAUUCAAGAUUAUUGUUGUAACCGAGUUUGGAUUUUUGUUGAUGACCAUGGCAAAGUUGCGCUCAUACCAAGGAUUGGAUAGGAAAGCUGAAGAAAAGAGAAAUUGGAAAUAAAAUAUGA